UUUCUUCGUCUUCCACUCUUCAGUCGCAGCCUCGUAAAGUUGCAGAGGCAGCGGCAGCUAGUGAAAAAUCAAGAAUGUCCGAGUGUGUGUGUUCGUUUCGUCACACAUUCUACAGAGGCAUAUAGUUAUAGCUUCAUGCAGUAAGGCUCAAAGGUCAAUUAGAGAGAGAGAGAGAGAGAGAGACCGAGACAGAGAGGGGUCAAUACUUAACAGAUUAUCUUUGGCUUUCUGUACUGUGAAGGCGUACGCCUCCGUGGCGAUAAAUGGGUGAAAAACGGUCUCGCAGCGCAGUUAGCGAGGCACGGCUACAAGAUCAGACUUCUAAGGCUCCGAACCCAUUUUUUGGAAUGUUAGAGCAGUGCAGUCCUGCUGAGUCGUACUCCAGCGGUAAAAAAAGAGCAAAAAUAUUAGAUACAAGUGGCAUGCCUUGGAUGGCAAAGUUGCAUGCUGAAACCAAAUGUAAGGAUGAAAAGACUUCAAAAGUUGAUGUUUCUGAUCCAUUUGCUCUGCCCAAUUGGUUGGAAGGUUUGGACCGUGGCAAAUAUGGAAGUGUUUCUAAAGAUAUCGAAGAUCUUCUUGCUCGAAAGAUGCAAUUGUUAAAUCCUCUUCUUGCAAAAUAUCCUAUUCUACAGAGAUCUGAUUUAGAUAUUGGUGGUCUUUUUAAGGGCCGACCUAGAGUGGUUUGCAAGUCGGCCUUGGCUUCGGCCUCAUGUGAUAUUAUUGAUUUGGAGGAGGACUGCAGGGAAAACGCUGUUCCUGUGUGCGAAGAUUCAAUACCAUUUCAUGAACACGGUGGUGAAAGUAUGGGACAUGUACCUGGUGGCUCUAGUUCUGUAGGGCAUGAGCAAACCAAUCAACUUAAUGACCUUCAGAGUGAUUCUGAUCUGCCAAUUGUAAUUCUUGAUUCAGAUGAAGAAGAUGAAGACAGUAUUAGGGCCAGACAUGCUUCAGAAAUUCCAUUAGGAUCUCAAAAGAAUGGUAUUGGUGAUCUGAAAAAUGGAGUAGCUGUGAUGGCUGACAGCAAAUCAUUGUUGCAUGAUGUUCAGUAUCAACAAGGAAAUAGUGAGCUGGUGGAUGCAAAAGUGGAUGAAAGUGAUGCUGUAGAAGCAAAUAAGAGCCUAUCAUAUUGGUAUCAGCAUGUUGUCUUGAGGAAGCCAGUUGAUGAAAAACCAAUCAAUGAUCUAUGUGUAAGAGAACAUGGGGAGGAAAACAUUUCAAAAGGAGAAGAGGAAAGGUCUGGUGGUGAACAAGUUUCCAGAAAAGAACAAGGUGUAUAUAUUGGUGUUCAGGGUGAUACAAUAAGUAAGAAGAGCAAUCAUCAAAGUGAUGAAGAUGAUGGUCUUGGGGAUGUCUGGAGAGAAAUGACACUUGCAUUGGAAUGUUCCAAGGAAGCUGCUCCUGAGAAGUCAGCUUUUGAAAACAUUGGAGGAGGAGGACUAGGAGGUGAAGAAUGCGAUCAUUAUUUUGUUCUCAAGGAUGAUCUGGGAUAUGUCUGCCGGGUUUGUGGCAUUAUAGAAAGGGGAAUUGAAACAAUAUUUGACUUCCAGUGGAUAAAGGGCACAAAGACUACAAGAACUUACUUCUAUGAAUCUCAGAAUUCCAAGGGUAGACAAACUGAGGUUUCUCCAUUUUCUGGAAUUGAAAGGUCUCAGGAAGAUCUAACUGUGGAAGAACUAUCUGUGCAUCCAAGGCAUAUGCAGCAAAUGAAACCCCAUCAAAUUGAGGGUUUCAAUUUCUUGCAGAGGAACUUAAUAUCAGACAAACCGGGAGGUUGCAUCCUUGCCCAUGCUCCUGGAUCUGGAAAGACUUUUAUGAUAAUAAGCUUUAUGCAAAGUUUCCUGGCCAGGUGUCCUAAAGCCAGGCCACUGGUUGUACUACCGAAAGGUAUCCUGGCUACAUGGAGGACAGAGUUUAAAAGAUGGCAAGUGGAGGACAUACCUUUAUAUGAUUUUUAUUCCUCAAAAGCAGAAAAUAGGCAUCAGCAGUUGGAAGUUUUGAAAACAUGGGUAGAUAAAAAUGGUAUCUUAUUUCUGGGAUACAAGCAGUUUGCGAACAUUGUAUGUGGCAGUGCAACCAGCAAAACUGCAGCUGCUUGUCAUGACAUAUUGCUGAAAGUUCCUACAAUUCUUAUCUUGGACGAAGGUCAUACACCAAGGAAUGAAGACACUGAUGUGUUAAGCUCUCUUGCCAAGGUGCAAACGCCAAGAAAAGUGGUUCUUUCAGGCACCUUAUUUCAAAAUCAUGUGAAGGAGGUCUUCAAUAUUUUGAACCUUGUUCGCCCCAAAUUUUUAAAGUUGGAAUCUUCUCGUCUCAUUGUAAAGCGUGUUCUUAGUAGGGUUCACAUAUCAGCUAAAAAGAAGUUCAAUAAAAAUGACGUGGAAUCGGCAUUCUUUGAGUUAGUUGAAGCCACUCUACAAAAUGACGAAGAUUUCAAAAGGAGGGUAACAGUCAUACAAGACCUCCGUGAGAUGACAAAGAACGUUCUUCAUUACUACAAGGGAGAUUUCUUGGAGGAAUUGCCAGGUCUUGUUAACUUCACUGUGCUUUUAAAUUUGACAAGCAAACAGAAGAAUGCAGUAGAAAAACUGAAGAAUUUAGAAAAAUUCAAGAGAUGUUCUGUGGGGAGUGCUGUUUAUAUGCACCCUAAGUUGAAAGAGUUCUCAGGGACUGCAACAGCUGUAGACAGAGGUGUCAACUUCAGUGAUGAAAAGAUUGAUGACUUCAUAGGGAAAAUGGAUGUAAAGGAUGGGGUCAAGACAAGGUUUUUCCUUAAUCUUUUGGGCUUGUGUGAAUCUGCCGGUGAAAAGCUGCUUGUUUUCAGUCAGUAUCUACUUCCGUUGAAAUUCUUGGAGAGAUUGAUAGUGACCACAAAGGGUUGGAGCCCUGGAAAGGAAAUUUUAAUGAUCUCUGGUGACUCUACACCUGACCAGAGGGAGCGUGCCAUGGACCGUUUUAACACAUCCCCUGAUGCUAAGGUUUUUUUUGGUUCAAUCAAGGCAUGCGGUGAGGGGAUCUCCCUUGUUGGGGCAUCUCGUGUACUGAUUCUGGAUGUUCAUCUAAACCCAUCAGUCACACGGCAAGCCAUUGGCCGUGCAUUCCGACCAGGCCAAAAGAGGAAGGUUUAUACAUACAGAUUGGUUGCUGCUGACUCUCCUGAGGAGCAAGACCAUCUCACCUGCUUGCGGAAAGAAUUAAUUUCGAAGUUGUGGUUUGAAUGGAAUGAAUGCUGUGGUGAUCGAGACUUUGAAAUGGAGUCAGUUGACGUAAGGGAAUGUGGGGAUUUGUUCCUUGAAAGCCCUUUGUUGGGGAGAGAUGUGAAGGCCCUAUACAAAAGGUGAAAACUAUUUUAUCUUAUGCCUGGGCCUGCCUGCUGCAUAAGUUGACAAGCUUUCUGCCCUGACAAGUUUGCACUUUUUCCUCCUUAAUUGGAGUUUCUUUCUUUCUUAUUUCUGACAUGGAUGAUGACUGGACUUUGCUCCCUCUGACCUGGCAUGCCAGGUUUUGGGUUUUUUGUGUCCAUAACUCAAUCUAUGUAGGCAUUGCUGUAAAUAACUGGUGGUGGUAUUUUGUCCCAGCCUAGCCAGAAUAGUAGAAACUCACUUUUAUGCUUACAAUACUUCCUGAUAAUCAAUGUUCAGUUUUGCAACGGCUGAGGUUUGUAAAUAUGUAGAUAACACUACAACAGUUCCAUGUGCUGUGAACCAUUGUAUCUCUUGGAAUUUAGUUCAACUUAAUUGAAAAUUUCAGUCAGGGAACUUUUUUCUUCCUC